CCGUAAUGAAAUUACUGUGUUGUUUUGUAAAUUGUGCGUAUUGUCUAAUUUCCAUCUACAGCAACACCUAAGAAGUUGAUGAGCUAUGCAGUUUAUAUUUUAUAAUUUAAAUAGCUUACCUGUUAGACUUCGUCUUUUAAUAUAUGCCAGCAGGAGAUGGCGGCACGGAUAUCGACACAUAUUAAACGUGCUACAAUUGCAUUCACAAAUACUUACAUCUACUUCGUAAUGUUGUCCGCGGUCAAGCAUAAACAACCACUCGCCGCUUUCAUAUUCUAAGUUAACGAAACGCAUUCUUUUUAGUUCGUAUAACACUUUGGAUCUUGCGAAUGGGGUCAACAUGUUCAGCAAGGGUAUAAGACGCUGUGGAGCAUCAUAAUUGUAUGCAUGCUCUCUAACUUGACCGUUUUGUCGCAUCAUCUGCAAUACCUGCUUCCGAGUCCAACCUGAAAUAUAUUUAUAUACACUUACCAGUGGAGAGUUCAGCUUUCAUAUUUUUGACAUCAGCAGCGGUCACCUGCUUACCUGUUCUUCCCUUAAUACUUUCGAUAACUUCGUCCGUCGACUGACAGUGCAAUAUAACUGGUUUCAAGUUUUCUUUUUCUUCUGAUGACAAUCGUCUACUCAACGGAUCACAAACCAUCCACGAACUUGUACACGGAUGGUUGUGAGUCAUGUUGUAAGAUUUUAUAACGUAUUGUUGACCCUCCAAUCUUACGCGAAACAUCGAUUGGCAAUUUAAAAAUUUAGACCUUAAAGGUAACACAUUAGUUAGAGUCCUCACGGUUUUUUAAUCACAUUCAGACCUUCUGAUUUACGUUUACGACCAAACGUGCAACGAAACACUACGAACAAGUAUUUAUAUCUCACAUCCUUCAACAAUCUACUUUCUGCGUGAACAUAGUGUGUAUGGGUCAUCUGAGAAAACAUAGAUUUAUCCCAUCAUACUUUAUGGAAAUCCUUUAGCGCAUUAUCUAAUUCAAUCCAGCUUCCGAAUCUCUUAUUCAGCAUAAUACGUUGGAACGCGUCGCUUACGUUCACUGAAAUCUCACUUGAGCAUGAAGCACUAGAUACAACAUACAAUAGCUAUUAAAAAAGGUUAUUCCUUGAAAAAAAUUAACUGAAGGAAGAACAACAAAUAUUUAGGACUUACCCUUCAGUUGACAUUUCGUCUUAACUCACAAAAACUAUGCGCAUCUAUAACCUUUUACGUUGUUUUAUCUUUCUUACGUUGUUUUCCGGACCUUAUCAACAAAUUAUAUAUAGCUGUUGACUUUCACUACAGCACUUAGGACCACAGAUCAAGUUUCGAAGGAACAACAGAGCUAAAGUGUGCACUACAAAACAGAAAAUACUCAGUUAAUGCUCUUAGCAGUUAUUUAGUGUUUAUUAUGCAUCAAAAGAUGACUUAUAUAUGGAAACAUUUAAUACUCAUAGGACCCAACACACACACGGCAAUUGAAAUACGGAAUGCCCGCUUCCAGUCAGCGCGUUCAAGGUCGUUGAAACGAAACGGCGGACAGAUUUGAAAGGGAUUACCGUUUAUACCUUGCCCCUUCCCUCUUAUUAACUAAGUACGGCAUGUAUGAUGUUUUUUUAGAUCUUUCCUAUACUCCAAUUAACGCUGAUUACACGUGUUACAUUCCAUUUUGUGAAUUCGACAUAUGUCUAAAAGUGAAGAACGUUUAUUACUGAAAAGCAUCUGUGGGGAAGUUGUUAAAGAUACGUUUCUUGAGGCAAAAGACUCUUAUGGAAACUGGUACCCUGUGAAGGUCCUCAAAGUUGAUAAAAGUAGAGUUCAUGUUCAUUUUUGUGAUUGGAGUUCACGCUAUGACUCUUGGUAUCCCAUAAAUUCAAAAUGCUUACGCGCUGUGAAAAAAGACUUCACAAAGGAUACUGCGAAACUGGUAAAACCCUACCCUUUUAACUGUUCGAUGAACAAAAGUCCAGAAACCAGUGCUAGCCAUUUUGACGUGGGUAGCUAUGUAAUGGCUGCAUGGCGCAACGACUUCGAAUAUCUUGCUGAGGUUCUAGCCCAUCGUCAGCGACACGGCACAAGAGCAGAGUAUCGUUUGCGCUAUAUUUGGGAUCGUGUUGUAGAGUGGACACCCGUCAACAAGUUACGCAAAGCAACUCAAUAUGAAAUCGAUUAUGUUUUGAAAUUUUGCAAAGAGCAAGGCUCACUACCUGCAAAUAAAAUCCCCAAUAAAUUUGAUCUGCAACAUUCGUGUAGUAGUAGUAGUAGUAGUAGUAGUGAGUAUAUAUCAGGAAUACCUCGAGCUAAAAGAAUAAGAACAACUCUGUCAGAAAGCAGGUCAACAGACCAUGCCUUAGAUUCUGAAAUACCAAAGUAUCGAUCACGUCCUACUCGUGCAAGUACUAACAGUUCAUCUGUCUUAGAAGACAAGAAGAUUCUUCACCCAACAUUGUAUGAUGGGAUUAUCGAACAGGAUGGAAUGGUUUAUGACAAGAUUGUUUUUCAAUUUCAUGAGGCCUGUCGAAGACGCCGUGAAUUGAAGAGGAAAGCUAUCGAAGAGAAUGAGAUGUAUCUAUAUGGAUUCGAUGGUUCUGUGUCUGCCUUAGGUCAAACAUCCUCCGAAAGGUCAAAUCACCAAACAAGACGUGAUCCCAAUUUACUGAACAGCCCUAAAAGUAGUUCUGUAAGAGCUGAAAAUUAUACAACGGAAAACACAGUUACGCCACCAUUGGGAUCGCCAAUCUCAUCCUCUCAGAAAAGUGACGAAAUAAAAGAAACGAAGCUGUUAGAGAAGGCAUCUCAUCUCUCAAACAGUUCAUUAAAUUUGUCUGAGUCAAGUAAAUGUGAUGAACGACCACGUCGAACUAUAGUAUACAAAAGAGAAGCAGAAAUAAAAAUAUCUAGUAUGCCUAUCUCAAGAGAGAUUUUCACGAAAGUUCCCGCCAAAUCAGCUGCUCCUGUUGUAUAUCCAUGCCCUCACUGCUCUCGUCAGUUGCGAAAUUCAAAAUUACUCGACGCUCAUAUUGUUAAUUAUCACAAAAGUGUAUCUGGUAGCACAAAAUCCACAACACACACGAAAAAAGAAAUUUAUCAGAAUCGAUAUUUGCCAUGGAAAUCUCAUAUGCAGUUAUCUUCUCUUGGCCCAAUGUCAAAGGAAAAACCAAGAUCAAGUGCUCCUGAGUUCACCAGACUUCUUUCUUGUCACUGUUGCAAUGCACGAGCAUAUGCUACAGAAAAAGAACUUGGUCUUAUUCAAUGUUCACAUUGUUUAUGUUGGUUUCAUCGUUUGUGCGGUGGUACUUCAUUUGACUCGAAACUAUUUUCAAAUGUAGACUUGUUGAGUAAUAACGAACUUUGUUCACCUGUUGUUUGUAAUAAUUGUCGGAUGGUCUUACGUCCAGCUAGGAGAUCCCGCAAAAACGAAUGGCGUACGGGGUUACUACGAUCACAUGACCUUAACUCUGAAUUUUCAAAACGAGGUCUGUUAACUGAUGUGUCGUCUAUUUUGAAUAAAGCCUGUCAGUUACGUCCAUUAUUAGCUUCUGGGUGGCAGAUAUUGAACAGGUCAAAUUUGCCUUCUGUGUCUGAUCAAGUAAAGCAAGAUUCUGGCGUUUUCAAAAAUGCCUAUCAAGACGCAUCCAAACCAAGUGAAUUUCCAACAUCGAAGUUUGCUGGAAGUAUCAAACAUACAGCUCCCGUUAUACAUACCCCUGAGGAUCAAGUCAAUCGCAAAUGCAAGCAACAAAUGAACGUUCUAUAUCUGGUUCACUCCUAUCUAUCGUAAAGAAUUACUUUAAUCUUCCAGAUUACUUUUGGCUCUAAGUUAAUGAACGUAUACUAUUUGAGUUAUAUCACUUAAACACUAGUUAAAAUCUGACAUUCGAAGAUAAUCUGAAAUAACUUGUAUCAUCUGAAAUAAACGUUUUUUUUUGUAUUGAAAUAAAUCGUAUCCGAGUUCAUAAACGAUGAUCAUUGUUGUUGAUGAAGUUCUCUAAUGCCAAAUCACUUAAGCUAUGUGAACGUUGGGUUUGUUUUGGCCAAGUAAGAAAAUGUUGGACAAUUAUAUAGAACUUAGUGGCUAGUGUUACUUGUUUUAUAGGACUGGGCAGGUUUAUUCUUUCGCUUCCCUGAGUUUGUAUUUACUUAGCAUGCCUUAUGAAAUGGUAGUGGUUCUCUUUAUAUAAAAAUUGUUACUUUGCAUGUACUAAAAUAUAUAACCAAUCUAAAAUUAAAAGUUCCUAGUUUCUUAUCUCUUUCCAUAGUACAUAUUAUUGUUUAGAGAUUUCUCUUUAAAAAUUCCGACUAUGUUACUUUCCAUCUUUAUUUUAGAACAAUAAUGAUGAAGAAUAAUUGCUUAUUCGGUCUUGAUAGAAUUUUACAAAAAUGUUCAUAGACAGUUUUUAUUUAAAGUUUUGCUAAAUGAAGAAUUUCGUUUCUUCAUUUUGUUUUAUAGGUCUCUAUAUGGAAUUGAGGGGUAUAGCGUUUGGAAAUCUUUCUGAAGCUAAUGGUGAAAUCACUGCGUCUAAGUGUGAUCACUUACAGCUGCCAAACGAUAAUCAUACUUUUUGCAUUUCUACUCCGGACUCUGAAUGUCCUAAUACCAACUGGCCAUUAGACGAAGCAAUUAACGGUUCUGCUCAGUCGGAAUCCGUUUCAUACCAAGUUACUGAUCCUACUUAUCAUAUUGCCUCUCAAGAUUUGUCAGGAUUUCUUCAGGAUCUUGGUCCCGAUAUCAUUCCAGAAAUUUCAGGUUUUAAUGUUGAUGGAGUGAUAAAUAUCAGUAGUGUUACUGCUGAUUCCUGUUCUGUAGAUGAAUUUUUGAAGGUACCCAGAUCUUAUCCAGAACAGCCACCCGUUUCACAGAAUAAUGAUAAGUUAUGUAGAGAGAACACUGCUUUGCAGUUGCUUUGUUCUCAUCCUAGGAUUACUAAUACGUCUGUUAAAGAUCUAGGUACUAUUCUUGAUAUUUCUGCUUCGGAAGAUUCUACUCUAAGUCCUUUGAAAUAUUUUUCCAAUACUGUAUGUAAUAAUCAUUUAGAGUCAGGUCAGCAACUUCUUUCAUGCGAUUCUAAUAUCCCUUCAACCUCGUCACCUGACAAGCCUAUGAUUCAAACAUCCGUUGAUGUCAAAAUCAACAGAUCCAAUAUCGAUGGUGGAAUUUCGGUUAAGUAAGUUGCUUUAUCUUAGUGUGAUUUUAAUCGAGACAUUGGAAAAGGUGUAGAUGUUUUUCAUCGGAAAACAUAUGUGAAUUAUUCUUAAUCUUGGUACAAUCGGUCUGUAGUAUUUAUGAGCUUUUGCCGUUUUACUGUGGAUCUCCUAAAGUUAAUUAGGCUUAACCAUUAAGUCAGGUCGCAGAAUUCUAUUGAUCUCCUAGUUUCUCUCAUUCGCAUAUCCAUACUGUGAUCAUGAAUAUAACAUACUUUACAUGGUGGUUAAUGUGUAUCAUAACUUAGUGUUGUUACAUUUAGUGAGGUUUAUAUCUAAGAUAUGUAUUGUGGAUACCUAACCACCACCACGUACCUGGAUGUGUAAUAUUGGUUGACAUGAGAGUUGGUUGGCAUAAUGGUAAGGAUGAGCAAAUCAAGAUUUGGGAUCGUUCUGCGAUGUCACUCACUUCUGGUCUCAAUAAUGUCGGUAUGUGAACAUUCUAUGAUUAGAACUCAUGGAAUACUCGUAGUGAGUGGUUUGAGAUAUUAAAUGGGAUUAGGGUAGAGCAGUUAGGAUGAUGAAAUUGUAUUAUUUCUCUAUCUUGCUCUAAAUAUUGGAUUACUUGUGACCCAUAACUCUUCAUCUAUCUCAUUCUCGUAAAACUGCGUCUUUCUCUUUCGCCUAAUUAAGUAAUUGAAGUUAAAUACUCUUAUUCGCUUCUCAUUUCUAGCUGUAAUGAUUUGGCAGCUAUAUGUACAUGCCAUGUUCUAAAUUGAUGAUAACCGUCUGACUAUAUUGUUUAGUAUUUGAAUAUUGCUUUUUGAAAGUCGAGGUUGUAGGUCUAUGUAUUGUCAUUGACAGAUACACGUUUCCAUCCUGACUUAGAGUUUAAUUUAAAGGGUAAUUUCUAUUUUGAAAUAUUUAAGAGUGAAUGUUCUCAGUAAAUAAUGAGUUAUCUGAAGCAUAGAAUAAUUUUGUGAAACAUUCUUGUAAGUAUGGAAAACAUUAAAUGUUAAACAUUCAAGCUGUUUAAUAGAAAUAACUCGUUAAUUGAUAUUUGCUUGUUUCCGUAUGUCAUCAGUGAAUCAAGUGACAGAAUUUCAACUAAUCAUUUGGGAACGGGUGUCGGAUCAGAUAUUAUUAACCUUUCUAUUCCAAAAUGUGCACGUUCAAUCAUCUCUGAUUUACUGAGUAGUCCUUUAAAUGAUUUCGUUACACCUUGUGUCAGUCAGCAGUCUGAUCUAAAAGGAUCUAAUAUUCUGCAUACAUCUUGCACAUCGAAUGAAUUUGUACACCUCUCAUCAACGUCUGGAUUAAAUUCUUUGGACAUUGACUGGUUAGAGGCAGAUAGCCAUAAUCAGUCUGUGAAUUCUUCUACUAGUCCAGUGUAUCAAAAUAAUGUCAAGAUAUAUGACCAUUCCACGUUGAAUGAGUUUUCUGAUCUUGCCAACCAUAUAACAAAUUUAAGCAACAUGACCUUUCAUUUUUCAGUUGAACAGCUCAGAAAGUUAGCACAAACUCAAGAUAACUUGUUGAACGUAGAUGAGUGUAUCUUAACGCCAUUUGAAAAUGCUCUAAGUGUUAUGGAAGCCCAGUUGGAUGUAAUCACAACCCAUGUUACCAACUUUGAACAACUGCAGAAAUAUGAUCAUAAUAAUAUGAAUACAGAAUGCGGUUAUUUGGAAGACGAGAAAGUUCCUUCAUACACAAAACAUCAAGGAACAAACCAAGUUCUUACUCCCAGAGGUCCUUUAAAUUUAUCUCAGUCAUCUAAUGGAGUACAUGCGACAUUUUCCUGGGGGAAAAUGAAUGACAAAGCUUCGUUUCCCUUUGUUCUCGAAGGUGCAAAACAUAAAGAAUAUAAGAUAGAUUUAGAAACUUAUUUAGAAAGUGCCAAAACUGCGGCUCAAUAUCUUUACCGUCUACAAAAAGUAUCAUUACAAGAGUCAAACCUUCAUACUGACGUGCCAAAUGUGUUGAAUGAUUAAUUUCACAAUCGUAUCAGUGGGAUUUCAAAUAGAGUAACUAUUUAUGCGAGCGACGAUAGCAACAAUGUCAUUAUGUCCUCAAGUUUACCUGUUUUAAAGUGACUGGAAUAAUUAUUUUAUUGAUUAACCUCGUACAGUUUGUAUAUAUAUGAUAUGAACCUUGUACAUCACUGCACCCAUGCAAUGUGACUACUACUGCAUUCCAAUUUAUACUAGUGUCCUGCAUGUGUACUUUAUUGGUACUAAUACGUUUACAUUACUGGAGUUUUGAUUCUUAUUCCCCUUCAGAGCUAUCGCAAUAUGUAAUGCUGUCAUUUUUUUAUCUAAAUAUUUUGCAUGUACACAUCCAGUUUAUAUAACUACUUGAUUACUUCUAUUCUGUUAUUUUAUACUUAGUAUUCAUCCAUUUUAUGUAAUCUUCAGAAGUGUACGUCAUGAAGUAUUCAUUUAUUUACAGACAUGUUUUCUUAUCAGAAUGCAUGCGUUUUCUCUCUGCGAUUCUGAAAUACGUACCAAGAGUAUCACCUCAUCUUUUAUUUCCUUUAACGUCAUAUCAGAAGGUAGCCGAAAAAGUAAUAUAUAUCUGCAGCGUAAACAAAACACGACUCAACAAAUGGAGAUAUUGAUCUCAGGUCGCUUUUUCAGAGUGCCUGAUAUAUGCUUGUAAAGUCAUUGUGAAACGGCCUGAUAUUUUUAUGUAAAUAUGUUUUAUAGUAACUACAAUCAGUCUGAGAAGUGCGGAAACUUGAUUCUGUAGUUCUCUACAUUUCGAAACAACGGAAAAAGAGGAAUAUAAUAUGAAAAUGAACCAAAAGCAAAUGGUCAUAUAGGGAAUAUGAUUUAUUAUUAUUUUUAAGGUUCAGG